CUCAUAUUUUAUCAAACCUGAGUUACAGAGUUCACAAAAACCAGAACGACCAAGACGUUUCUCGAACAAUACGGAAGAACUUCUAAAGACCGCGACAAUCGCUCUCUCGACAAUCCUCUAGAAAUAUCCAUCUCCACUCCUAUUUAAGUCCCCACAUUUCUCACAUCAAACUCAUCAAAGAAAACAAAAAGCCAAGAAUCAAAGAAUCAGGAAAGCAAACACAACACAACUAACAAUGGAUUUAGGAAGGUUUCCAAUAAUCUCAAUCCUCGAAGACAUGCUUGAAGUCCCCGAAGACCACAACAACGAGAAGACCCGCAACAACCCUUCACGAGUUUACAUGCGAGACGCUAAGGCAAUGGCUGCUACACCUGCUGACGUCAUCGAGCACCCUAACGCAUAUGCAUUCGUCGUGGACAUGCCUGGAAUCAAAGGAGAUGAGAUCAAGGUUCAGGUCGAGAACGACAAUGUGCUUGUGGUGAGUGGAGAGAGGCAGAGAGAGAACAAAGAAAACGAAGGUGUGAAGUAUGUGAGGAUGGAGAGAAGAAUGGGUAAGUUCAUGAGGAAGUUUCAGUUGCCUGAAAAUGCAGAUUUGGACAAGAUCUCUGCUGUUUGUCAUGACGGUGUGUUGAAGGUUACUGUUCAGAAACUUCCUCCUCCGGAACCAAAGAAACCAAAGACAAUUCAAGUUCAAGUUGCUUGAGUUUGUUUUGUGAUUGUGUGUUGGAUUUAUCUAUUUUGUUUUGAUUUAUGGAUUUGAUGAAUGUAAUCGGAAUGCGUGAGGGAUAUGGUGUUUUGUUCUAAGAUGAAAUAAAAGUUUGUUCUGUUUCUUUCAUUCUCCUUUGGGAUAUUCAAAUUAAUGAAGUUGUUAUAAGAAUCUU